GCCAAUACACCUUCUUUACAGUAGAAGAAAAAGGUGGCAUCUGAGACAUGAGGAUCGCACUAACACUGCUUGCUCUUGUGAGUGUUAUUGCAUGCUAUCUGCAUUUUGUUGAUGGAGAAGAGACAAACGAAGAUGGACAGGUGGGACAGAGGGGUAAUCUAGUCGAGCGAUUGCGAAGAGCCGCGUCUGUUAGAAGCGGCUCUGGGGAACCUUCAAUGCGAUUUAAAAGAGCAAUGCCAAUUUUAGCAAGCAAUCGACGAGGUCGCCGUCCAAGAAGGCGAGGGGGUAGACGAGGACGCCGUCCAGGAAGGCGAGGGGGCAGAAGAGGAAGGCGAGGGGGUAGACGAGGACGUCGACCAGGAAGGCGAGGGGGUAGACGAGGAAGGCGAGGACGCCGUCCAGGAAGGCGAGGGGAUAGACGAGGACGUCGACCGAGAAGACGAGGGGGUAGAGGAGGACGUCGACCAGGAAGGCGAGGGGGUAGACGAGGACGUCGACCAGGAAGGCGAGGGGGUAGACGAGGACGCAGACCAGGAAGGAGAGGGAACGUAACGCGAGGACAGGUGACGCCGCCCUAACCGUGAUAUAAAAAUGAACUUGUGCAUUUCAGUCAUGAAUAAAGGCAAAUGUUAGUU